AUGACGGAGGAUAGUAGCUUGGAUGGUUCGGAAAAGGAAGAGAUCGGUAGCUCAGUUGGUGGUGGUGGUUUUGGAGAUUUGGCAUCCAUGGACUCUAUCGAGUCUCGAUGGGUUACUCAAGACGAUGAGGAUUCCGAGAUCGGACUUGAGGAGGAUGAUGAUGACGGAUUCGACGGUACCGGACUGGAAUCUGAAGAGGAAGAAAUAGCGGAGCAUCGUUUGAUCCGUACUGGUCCUCGUGUUGACUCUUUCGACGUGGAAGCUCUUGAAGUUCCUGGUGCUCCAAGGAAUGAUUACGAGGACUUGACUGUCGGGAGGAGAGUGUUACUUGCAUUCCAGACACUAGGGGUUGUCUUUGGAGAUGUAGGAACCAGUCCGUUGUAUACGUUCAGUGUAAUGUUCAGUAAAUCACCUGUCCAAGAUAAAGAAGAUGUCAUUGGAGCAUUGUCACUAGUAAUAUACACCUUACUUUUGGUCCCUCUUAUUAAAUAUGUUCUUGUUGUUCUAUGGGCAAAUGAUGAUGGUGAAGGUGGAACCUUUGCGUUGUACUCACUAAUCUCUCGUCAUGCCAAAAUUAGUCUUAUCCCAAACCAACUUCGCUCAGACGCUCGGAUUUCAAGUUUUAGACUGAAGGUGCCUUGCCCUGAGCUUGAGAGAUCAUUGAAACUAAAAGAAAAACUCGAGAAUUCAUUAAUUCUGAAGAAACUUCUCCUCGGGUUAGUUCUUGCUGGAACUGCCAUGGUGAUUGCCGAUGGGGUUGUUACUCCUGCAAUGUCAGUAAUGUCAGCUGUUGCUGGACUUAAGGUUGGAGUUGAUGCAGUUGAGCAAGAUCAAGUGGUGAUGAUUUCAGUUGCAUUUCUGGUGAUCCUUUUUAGUCUACAAAAGUAUGGGACGAGUAAGAUGGGGCUAGUAGUAGGUCCCGCCUUACUUAUAUGGUUCUGUUGUCUUGCUGGUAUUGGAAUUUACAACCUGGUCAAAUACGAUAGCAGUGUUUACAGAGCAUUCAACCCUAUCCACAUCUAUUACUUCUUCAAGAGGAACUCUAUAAAUGCGUGGUAUGCACUUGGAGGUUGCAUCCUCUGUGCUACAGGCUCAGAGGCAUUAUUUGCAGACCUUUGCUAUUUUUCUGUUCGAUCAGUCCAGCUUACAUUUGUGUGUCUCGUACUGCCGUGCCUCAUGUUGGGUUAUAUGGGACAAGCUGCAUACCUGAUGGAGAAUCAUACGGAUGCAAGUCAAGCUUUCUUUUCAUCUGUUCCAGGUGCUGCAUUCUGGCCGGUCCUUGUCAUAGCCAACAUUGCAGCUCUAAUAGCUAGUCGCACAAUGACUACUGCAACAUUUUCAUGUAUUAAACAGUCAACAGCUCUGGGCUGUUUCCCUCGUCUCAAAAUUAUCCACACGUCUCGGAAAUUUAUGGGUCAGAUCUAUAUACCUGUCCUAAACUGGUUCCUGCUUGCCGUUUGCCUGGUCGUCGUCUGCUCAAUCUCAAGUAUCAAUGAGAUUGGAAAUGCAUAUGGGAUGGCUGAGCUUGGAGUGAUGAUGACAACGACAAUUCUGGUGACCUUAAUCAUGCUUCUUAUAUGGCAGAUCAAUAUCGUAAUCGUCAUUGCCUUUCUGAUAGUUUUCCUCGGAGUGGAAUUAGUCUUUUUCUCGUCAGUUAUAGCGAGUGUCGGGGAUGGCAGCUGGAUAAUAUUGGUUUUUGCCGUAAUCAUGUUUGGUAUAAUGUAUGUUUGGAACUAUGGAAGUAAGCUCCGGUAUGAAACAGAAGUUGAACAAAAGUUGUCAAUGGAUUUGAUGAGAGAACUUGGGUGCAACCUGGGAACAAUAAGAGCUCCUGGUAUCGGUUUGCUGUACAAUGAAUUAGUGAAGGGAGUACCAGCAAUAUUUGGCCAUUUUCUGACAACACUUCCUGCAAUCCAUUCCAUGGUCAUUUUUGUUUGUAUAAAAUAUGUUCCGGUUCCACUUGUACCCCAGAAUGAGAGGUUCCUCUUCAGACGCGUCUGCACCAAAAGCUAUCACUUAUUCCGUUGCAUUGCCAGGUAUGGUUAUAAGGAUGCAAGGAAAGAGAACCACCAAGCAUUUGAGCAGCUACUGAUCGAGAGCCUCGAGAAGUUCAUCCGAAGAGAAGCUCAAGAACGUUCCUUGGAGAGCGACGGGAACGAUGAUUCAGACUCAGAGGAAGAUUUCCCAGGUUCUAGAGUUGUUAUUGGCCCCAAUGGAAGCAUGUACUCGAUGGGCGUUCCUCUUCUCUCCGAGUACAGAGACUUGAACAAACCGAUCUUGGAAAUGAACAUCUCGUCUGAUCACGCAAACCACAAUCCCUUUGACGCAUCGUCUGACUCCUCUAUAUCUGAAGCCGAGCAAAGCCUGGAGAGAGAGUUAUCGUUCAUACACAAAGCGAAAGAAUCAGGUGUCGUGUAUCUACUUGGGCACGGCGAUAUAAGAGCAAGAAAAGAUUCAUGGUUCAUCAAGAAGCUAGUCAUAAAUUACUUUUACGCAUUCUUGAGGAAAAACUGCAGAAGAGGAAUCGCGAACUUAAGUGUGCCUCAGUCGCAUUUGAUGCAGGUCGAUAUGGAGCAGUUGCUGUCAGAAGCUCAACAUAGGUGGCUUAGGCCUGCUGAGAUUUGUGAAAUUCUUCAGAACUAUCAGAAGUUUCAUAUUGCAUCAGAGUCUCCCAACCGACCCGCCAGUGGUUCACUCUUUCUUUUUGAUAGGAAGGUGCUGAGAUAUUUUAGGAAAGAUGGACACAACUGGAGGAAGAAGAAGGAUGGGAAAACAAUAAGAGAAGCUCAUGAGAAGCUGAAGGUAGGAAGCAUUGAUGUGCUACAUUGUUACUAUGCUCAUGGAGAAGGCAACGAGAAUUUCCAGAGACGAUGUUACUGGAUGCUUGAACAAGAUUUGAUGCAUAUUGUUUUUGUACACUACUUGGAGGUUAAGGGUAACCGGACAAGUAUAGGAAUGAAAGAAAACAAUUCAAGUUCCGUAAAUGGCACAGCUUCAGUGAAUAUUGAUUCAUCAGCCAGCCCAACCAGCACAUUGUCAUCAUUAUGUGAAGAUGCUGAUUCUGGGGAUAGUCAUCAAGCAAGUUCCGUCUUGCGAGCAUCUCCUAUAUUUCAAACUGGAAAUCGCGAUGGUUGGACACCAGCUCCUGGCAUGCGUAAUGAUUCGCAGGCUCUUGGGAACAGAAUUAGAGAAAGUGAUUCCCAGAGAUUAGUUGAUGUUCGAGCUUGGGAUACUGUUGGGAAUUCAGUGACAAGAUACCAUGAUCAACCUUACAGUAAUUUGUUGACUCAGGUGCAGCCUUCUAAUACUGAAUCAAUGCUGGUGGAAGAAGAUACAGACAGAGGUGGGCUGUUAGCGACUGAGCAUCUCAGAAACCCCCUUCAACCCCAAUUAAAUUGGCAGAUUCUAGCUCAGGAUGACCUAUCAUUGCCAAAAUGUCCCCUGGAUCUGGUUUCACAUUCUGGAAUGACUGAUGACACUGGUCUGGCAUCAUUUGAGCAAAGUGCACAAGAUAAUUUUCAGACAUUUUCCAGUCUCCUUGGCAGUGAAAAUCAGCAACUUGUUGGGAAUAAUUUUCAAGCUCCAACAAGUAUGGAAUCUGAAUAUAUACCUGUAAAGAAAUCAUUGUUAAGACACGAAGAUAGUUUGAAGAAGGUCGACAGUUUUUCUCGGUGGGCUAGUAAAGAACUUGGCGAGAUGGAGGAUUUACAGAUGCAGUCUUCGCGUGGAGAUAUUGCAUGGACCACUGUUGAUUGUGAAACUGCAGGAGGUGGACCCUCCCUGAGCCCUUCUCUCUCCGAGGAUCAGCGUUUCACCAUAGUUGAUUUUUGGCCAAAAUGCGCACAUACCGAUGCAGAAGUUGAGGUUAUGGUUAUUGGGACAUUUCUGCUUAGCCCACAAGAAGUUACCAAGUAUAACUGGUCAUGCAUGUUUGGUGAAGUGGAGGUUCCUGCUGAGAUUCUUGUAGACGGUGUCCUUUGCUGCCAUGCUCCACCGCAUACAGCUGGUUUAGUGCCCUUUUAUGUGACGUGUUCCAACAGAUUUGCUUGCAGUGAAUUACGAGAAUUUGAUUUUCUUUCUGGUUCUACCAAAAAAAUCAAUGCUGUUGAUAUUUAUGGUACCUAUACAAACGAAGCAUCACUUCAGCUGCGGUUAGAGAAGCUGCUUGCUCAUGGAGCUUUUGUUCACGAACACCAUGUAUUUAACGAUGUUGGGGAAAAACGAAGGAAAAUCAGUAAUAUCAUGUUGCUAAAGGAGGAAAAAGAGUAUCUUCUUCCAGGGACGUUUGAGAGAGAUUCAACCAAACAACAACCAAAAGUACGGCUUUUUAGGGAACAGUUUGAAGAGCAACUAUAUGUAUGGCUCAUCCAUAAAGUGACUGAAGAGGGUAAGGGGCCAAACAUACUGGAUGAAGAUGGACAGGGUGUUUUACACUUUGUUGCAGCGCUUGGAUAUGAUUGGGCUAUUAAACCGAUUUUAGCAGCAGGAGUUAACAUUAACUUCCGUGAUGCAAAAGGAUGGUCCGCCCUUCAUUGGGCUGCGUUUAGUGGCAGGGAGGAAACUGUCGCUGUGCUUGUCUCUCUAGGUGCUGAUGCUGGAGCGUUGACAGAUCCAUCUCUAGAGCUUCCUUUGGGUAAAACAGCUGCUGAUUUGGCCUACGUAAAUGGACACAGGGGUAUUUCGGGUUUUCUUGCAGAGUCUUCCUUAACUAGUUAUCUUGAAAAGCUAACAGUGGACUUGAAGGAAAACAGCUCUGCAAACUCUGCUGGACCAAAAGCUGUUCAAACAGUCUCUGAGCGAACCGCUGCUCCUAUGAGCUAUGGCGAUGUACCAGAAACAUUUUCCUUGAAGGAUUCACUUACCGCUGUCCGUAAUGCUACACAGGCAGCUGAUCGUCUUCAUCAAGUAUUCAGGAUGCAAUCAUUCCAGCGGAAACAGCUGUCUGGAUUUGGGCAUGAUGAAGGGAUUGAUAUCUCCGACGAUAUAGCUAUAUCCUUUGCAGCUGCUGCAAACACUAAGAAUCAAGGACACAGUGAAGUCUCUGUUCAUUCCGCUGCAGUGCAUAUCCAGAAGAAAUAUCGGGGUUGGAAGAAGAGAAAAGAGUUUCUUUUGAUCCGACAAAGAGUCGUUAAGAUUCAGGCUCAUGUGAGAGGACAUCAGGUCCGGAAACAAUACCGACCAAUCGUUUGGUCUGUGGGAUUACUCGAGAAAAUCAUUUUGCGUUGGAGACGCAAAGGUAGUGGUUUAAGAGGGUUUAAACGCAGUGCAAUCGCCAAAACCGUGGAACCCGAACCGCCUGUAUCAGUACUAUCCCCUACCAUUCCACAGGAAGAUGAGUAUGAUUUUCUAGAAAAAGGAAGAAAACAGACAGAGGAAAGGCUUCAAAAAGCUCUCACUCGGGUCAAAUCGAUGGUUCAAUACCCAGAAGCACGAGAUCAAUACCGAAGACUCCUAACCGUUGUUGAGGGCUUCCGUGAAAACGAGGUACCUGCUUCAUCAAGUUUAAACAACAGAGAGGAACUAGUCAACUAUGAAGAAGACGACUUAUUUGAUAUUGACUCUCUUUUGAACGAUGACACAAUAAUGUCCAUGUCUCCUUGA